GGACGAAGGGUGCUGCAGUGUGCGAUUAGCGCGUCGUAUCGGGCAUCUCUGAGACGAUAGCAACCCGCGUUCCGCUGAGUGCGCGACAACCGCUGGAAGCUCGUCGUCAAGAGUGGCGCCUCACUUCGCCUGCAGUGGAUCCUGGGAGCUCGAAACUGAGCGUCGCCACGAGCAACUCGAUCGUUGCCGAGGACGGCCAACGACAGUGCCAGCGAUCAGUGCUUCACAUUGGCGGACUCGCACCUAUAUUGCCUCGGCACCGUUUCACUGUCUGUUGCCUGCAAAGUAGCAUCGCUGCCGUCGCUGAUAAAGCGGCUGCACCGGUCAACGCUCGUUCGCUGUCAACCGAGGGGCUCUUUCUCUCAAUCGGGAGGGGCCGUUAGACAUAUCGGCUGGUUACCAACAACCAGAAAAAGGGCAGACACGUGACAAUAAUCGAAACGAACCGAUGGAUCAACGAAAUAAUUAUGGUGGACAGUUGCCGGCUGUCGUGUUGCUGACACUGACGCUUGGUACGGUGGCGGUAGCUCAAGCUGCCCUCUCCAUAAAGACCGUUCACAUACCCAAAGGACCCGCACAAAAGCUCCUGUACGUCAGUCUGCCGCGAGGCGACAGUGUCGUGGUCGUGGGCGGAAGAAACGCCCUCUACGCGCUGUCGCCUGACUUAUCGCUCAGAGCGCUUUACAGAACGGGCCCUGAGAACGACAGCGCGCUGUGCCCACCUCAUCCUCUCGCGUGCGGACACAGCCGAAAUGUGACGGAUAACUACAACCGUAUCCUCCUGCAACUUGGCACCGAACCGCUCAUUCUGGCCUGCGGGGUUACGUCGCAGGGAAUGUGCUCGAUUCACGACCCUUUGCUCAGCCCGAAUGUCACGACGCCCAUGGACAAGACCCUGACGGACAACUACGUUGCUUCGAAGAAGAGCACCGUGGCAUUCUUCGGCACCGGGGACGACGGGAGGAAGGUCCUCUUUACCGCAUCGGCUCCGGAUGGCCGGCCUCCGGAGUACCGUCUUUUCGCCGUGGCUGCCAGAGUGCUCAACACGUCGGGCUCCUUCAGACUGCUUUCUCACACACGGGCUACCUCUGCGGACUGGGGCGAAAGGUUAAAGGCGGCCCAAACGCUUGGCUUUGUCUACGGCUUCAGUCACAACGCUUUCGCUUACUUCAUCGUAGUGCAGAUGGUGCAGAAGGCGUUUCAGUUCUCCUUGGAGACGCGGCUGGUGCGCGUAUGCGAGAACGACGAGUCAUCCUUCCGCACGUACGUGGAGGUACCCAUCAUGUGCCCCCCGGCAGACGGCGUGCUGUCGGCGGCCACCAGUGCCUACUUGUGGCCGUCGAAGUCUGCAAACGGCGGUGGCAGCGGUGGGAAUGGCAGCACCGACUUUCUUGCUGUGGCUUUCGAAGGGGUUCCCGCCGGCAGGAUGAACUCAAGCUACCUUAGACUGAGUUCGUCGAGAUCGUCGAGAUCGGUGGUCUGCUUUUUCGAUAUGAAAAACGUCGAGGACAGAUUCAGGGAGACUGUCGAAAACUGCGACAAGGGAUGGUCGAGCGCGAGACUUUCGCGCCUCUACCACGACGAUGACGACGAUCUCAAGUGUUCCCAUCACGAUACAGCAGGCAAGGACGUUUGCACACCAGGACGAAAUGACUACGUAGAAAGUAUGAUCCCGCUCGUUGGGCGGGCACCUAUAAUGUUUAAAAAUAGCCUCGCAACUUCCGUCACCCUUAUGGAACAAAACGGCUCCACUGUUGUGUGGGUUGGCGACGACAAAGGGUUUCUCCGCAAGCUGCUGCUGCAGGAUGACUCAACACGGUUGCUCGCAUCAUUGGACCUGUCGAAGGUGGGCCACACGAUUUACAGGAGCACAGCUCUAGACAGCAACGGAACGUAUGGUUAUUUCAUCAUCGGUAACAAGGUUAUACGGUUUCCUGUCGGUUCGUGCAAUAUAUACAGAAGCUGCUCGCAAUGCAUACACAACCAAGAAGACCCGCUCCAAUGUGGAUGGUGCGGAGAUCACUGCGCCCAUUUCGCCGAAUGUCCCAAUCGGAAAAAAUUCUCCGUUGGCCAAUGCCCCAUAGAGGUGGAGUGGGUACACCCGUUGAACGGGCCUGUCUCUGGCGGCACUCUCUUCACGAUACUUGGUGACAACUUCGGCUCUCCAGAGCGCAAACCUUACAGCAGCAUUGAGAUCAAAAUUGGGAAUCACACUUGUGACAUCGUUUCCUGGGACCCUAAGCGAGUUCAAUGCAAGACACCCCCUGUGCAGUACAGCUCGAAAGUGGAUAUUGUGAUAAGCGUAAGGGAUCUUUUCAGUAGCGUCGGCAAACGUUACGACGUCCUGCAAAAUCGUACGAUUCCCUCUGGCUUCGAAUACAUGGUUGUGUCGUUCAGCGAAGUAACGCCUAAUUAUGGGCCUAUAGCGGGAGGAACGAACGUUUCCCUGAGAGGAGUUAACCUCGACGUUGGCUCACAGCAAGUAGUGAAAAUCGGCAGCAACACAUGCCAGAUACGAAGACUCGAGAACAAGUUUCUCCAUUGUUCAACGAGCAACGUGAGCCGUGCCAUUCUGUAUCGAAAGAUGAAAGUCACCCUGGCCAUUGACGGCGCUGAGGUUCCUUUCACUACGGCGGACAGUCUGCAUCCGACAUUCAUGUACAUGCGGAAUCCCGUGAUCAAGGACAUUUAUCCCCGGAAGGCCACUUUCAGCGAGGACUUCACCGUGGAGGUCAAUGGCCACUUUCUGGACAGCACUGCUGCUCCAUCGAUGGCAGUGCUAGUGAACUCUUUGAACUUGAAGAGAACGGAAACAUUUGAGAAGAGAUCAUUCUUAGCCCGACUCGUCGCUAUCAGCACGAGUGUCGUUAGCGUGCGCUCCGGUGAAUAUAGCGAGAAGAAAAAAAUGACGUGCUUCCGUUUAUUGUGUCACGUCUGCCGCACUGCCAUCCAGGUAUGUCGCGUAUUGGACGGAGGCCUCAAGAUGCUGUGUCCCGGGACGUCGCUGCUGCAGUUCUCAGUGAUCACCGAAGCCGAGUUGCGGAAUCACCAGUUUCACGUGCCAGCGUUCAUCAGCUUCCGCAUGGACGGCCUGGACCUGCCUCCCAGUCACCUCGGGAAACGCCGAUAUUUCAUGUUUUACUACUUGCCGGCGUCAGAACUAGACAGCUACACCGAGCAGGAAGCAUCGGCCAACGUCCCGCUGGUCACUACCCGAACAGAUAAUGCAACGUUCGCUGGUGUUAAACCAUGGUAUGGCCCAGCAGCUGGAGGAACUAACAUCACUCUCUUUGGAACAAACCUCGACACUGGGACAGAAAGAAGCGUGAUAAUCGGUGGAGCCAAUUGCACGAUCUACAGGAUAAACGCGACGUCGCUGGAAUGCUCAACGAAUGCCGUCGCCAACGAAAGUCACUUGGACCAGGAGAUGCAGAUCAUCCUCACUAUAGAUGGCACGGACGUUCCUUUUAUUCCAAAAGGAAACCUGAGCUCCAAGUUCACCUACAAACCUGACCCCAUCAUCGACGACAUGACACCGAGGAGGUCUACUUUCAGUGGGAACUUCUCUCUUGAGGUGACGGGCGCCCAUUUGGACAGCGUGGCUCAGCCUGCCAUCGUCACUCGAGUGACCUCUCUGAACCAAGAGCAGAAAGUGAACAUAAGACAGGAAUGCCGUGUCGUAGAGGGAGGCUUCAAGAUGCAGUGCCCUGGUACUUCCCUUAUGGAGUCAUCUGUUAUUAGCCCAAGCGAGUUGAAGGGACUGAACGACUCUGUUCUGGUGUGGAUCAGUUUCCAAAUGGAUGGGCUGCAUCUUCCACAGGCCAUCGACGGCGGCAAUGGACACUUCACCUUCGUCUUCCAGCCGGAGCCGCAGUUUAUGAGGUUUCCGCAAAUGGAACUUGGCGUCGAUCCCAGCGAUGUCGCAGUUGAAAUCACGGGAAACCACUUCGAACUUUUUAUGGACCAUGACCAGGUUUUCGUGCGUGUGAAUGGCUUGGACGACGCAUGCGCGGUCACCCAUGUCACGUCGCACUCGAUUGUUUGCAAGAUGAAGCCUGGCGUUCUGGAACAAGAGUCACCUUGCGCGUUAGAAGUGGUCUACCCGGGACAGAGCUACCCGGUUGGUGCCGUUAAGCUGAUGACAGCUGAGCAGCCAGGUCCUCACGUCGGUAUCAUAGCUGGCUCAACGAUGGCUGCCGUUCUCGCAGCGGUGGCCACCGGCGUGGGGUUCCUCUUGCAUCGCCGACGACGUCAACGAGUCAAAGGCACCUGGCAGACCAGCUACGUCGUUCGCUUCGGCCAGCGUCACAACAACAGCGAUUCUCUGGCUUACGCAUCCAAUCGCUACUUUCGAGAAGGCAACGUUGACGCCCAACAAGCACUGAUGGCGACCCCGUUUGACGUAGAUGAAGAAACCAGAACGAUGCUUCAAAGAGAAAACUUACUCAUCGAUCGAGGGUGGCUUCACUUGGGUCGUGUCAUCGGGCAAGGUCACUUCGGUUGUGUCUACCAUGGGACUAUCAAACAAGAAGACAAAGGUCAAGUUCAAGAGGUGGCAGUUAAAACUCUGCAUAACAACUCUCGCGGUGGUGAAGUUGACAGCACGGCCUUCUUGGAGGAAGCACUCAUCAUGAAGGACUUUCACCACGCGAAUGUGCUUCCGCUCAUCGGGUUGAGCAUCGACAAGGUGGACGGCCUCAUGGUUAUCACACCCUUCAUGAAAUACGGUGACCUGCUGUCCUACAUACGAGACGACAGAAACACACCUACAGUAAAACAACUGAUAACAUUUGGACUCCAUGUGGCCGAAGGUAUGAAGUACUUGGCUUGCACAAAGUUCGUUCACAGGGACCUCGCAGCUCGGAACUGCAUGCUGAGCGAAGACUUUAUUGUCCGUGUCGCCGACUUCGGCCUCUCCCGCGACGUUUACGAGAAGGACUACUACAGCGGGGAUAAUAAGAAGACGAAGCUGCCCGUGAAGUGGAUGGCACCAGAGAGCUUGGAGAAAGGGAUCUACGGUCACAAGACCGACGUGUGGUCGUACGGAGUGCUCUUAUGGGAGCUGAUAACUCGUGGAGUGACACCGUAUUCUGACGUGGACAACUGGGACAUCGUAGACUUCCUCAAACAAGGACGCCGGAUGAAACAACCAAGCUUCUGCCCCGAUGAGCUGUACGACAUUAUGCUCCAGUGCUGGCAGGAGGACCCUAAAAAGAGACCUUCGUUCGCAAAACUCGCCACAGAGAUCCCGAACCUUGUCAUCCGCCUCGAGAAGAAGAAGAGAAAUAAGCGACUAGGUUUGAACGUGACUUACAUCAACUGCCCACGCCCCGAGCCUGCCGACGAGGCCGGGUCAUCGACAGAAUCUAGCCCUAUUUAGACCACGUGUUCCGUUGACUAGGCUUCCUCCACCGUACGUCAAAGUACAAAACAGCAUUGACGUUGAGAUCGGAAAUUUUCAGCGCAUUGGAUAAUAACACUGCAACAACGCGACUAGGUCAGAAGGUUACUGCAUAUUUGGAAAGAGGACUAAACAUGAAUUCAAAACGUAUAAGCUCCGCUCCCUGCGGCUUGUCGUUCUGUGUUCUGUGCCUACGCUGCUCUAGGUUAUAUAUUGUUACGCGAAGGACGAGUCACUAAGACGAGCAACUAUUUAGAGGUUAUAUUUACAACAAUGGUUGCAGCACUGACCGGUUAGAUUCACCGCGCGAGCCCAGUUCGUUCUUCGUCCUCUUUUCUCGAGUGAUGGCGCCCACACGCUUCGUUCGAACAAUCAAAUAUACAGGCGUGUAGCAAUAUUCACCUGGAACGCAUCCUUCACGAAGAGCGCUAUCCCUUACGCGCAGGCUGAUGUAAAAAUCACUUGCGUGCCCAAUACAUGGACAUACUUCGUUUAUCUGGUCGUCUGGUCAAGCUUGUGUAUUUCAUUCACUGCAAUCUCUUCGACACAGUGCAACACGUUUAAUCGCCAGUAACUAUACAUAACAGACGCAUCAGUGUGACACAAAUGUUCUGUUAUCAUGAUUGCUAUCUUCAUUAGAAUCUCGUAUAAAUGUUUCGCUUAUCUGUUCGUGCCGGUACGUCGUCUAGCGCGGACUUCCCUGGACAGCAUCAAGCUUGCUGUACUGAAAACCGUUUUCAGAAGCAAUAAUCCUGGAAAGCAGAGGAAGUGUUAGUACAGUUCGUCCAGUCGACAGGUCAGUACAGCCAUUUGAAGACUCGUUGUUCACCAUCACGUGUGUGCGCAAGUGAUUCUCUUUAUUUCUCCUUCCUUCUCUUUUUUUGUCCCUUUAACCCCUUCGCUCAGUACAGGGUAACAAGCCAGAUUUGCGUGUGGUCCACGUUUACUUUCUAUUGUCCGCUUCGUGAAAUAAUAAACAGCCAAAAACCAUCUUCUUUGUCCCUCUCUAAACCAUGUCCCCACCUCACGCGACCUGCACCUCACGAAACAUGUUGGAAGCAUGUCGGCUACCAAGAAAUUUCAGGCCACACGUGAAAUUACAAUUGACCGGCACUGUCUCGCGCCGUAACGCUUUGUAACGGUAUCCCUGAAAACAUCCUCAACAUUCUCGAAGUUAUAGCCUUUCGAAGAGAACUCACAGCCUAUUUUCACCCAAAGCCUUCUUAUUUAUUAGUCAUGUAUUUCUGUGCGCAUGGCCCACUUCAUUUUGUAUUACACUUGUAUAACCCGGUUCUUGUGGUAUGUAUUCGCAAAAAACGUUUGUUUUCAUUCAAUGUCUAAACUUACAAUAUUGUUCCUAACAUCUACGUUGCAGUACUGAUUAUCGUCUAACAUAACAUCGACUCCACUGUACUCUUUUCCCGUCACGGAAUUUGUAGCUCUUACAAUUAUUGCCGGAAACAAUGAAAAUUUAUUAUCCAAAACACUCACUUUGAUACAACUUCUGGGGAUAGCUUUCUGACCCAAGACUGACCCAAACUUGUUAUUUUCGGAGUUAUUUUCGGACGCAGCCACGGACCUUUGAUUCACCUACUUAGAUUGGAAUUGGAGUACACAGGAAGCUAUUCCUUUAUCUGGUAAUUUGAGUUAAAAUAUAAUCACCUAUGGGAGAACCCUCAUGACUCGACCUCUUUACGAUUGCUAGAAGAGUGCCUUGAAAUCAACGCUGAGCGGUCUUGACAACCGUUCUUCUAAAGAAAAAGUGCUUGGAUCACGGAAUUAUUCACUAAUGCAAAUUACACUUCUGAAAUCUUUACAGCGUUUCUUUGCGGAAAGUGGCAUUGUAUACGGUUAUUUACACAUUUGUUUUCAGACUUCUGCCUCGCGAAAAGGUGGCAGCGUAACAAGUGCAACCAAAAACUCAAAAUUCGAAUCUCCAAGCUGAUCAAGGAAACGCAAGGGUACUCUGAACAACUUGAAAGAAAGAACUGGCGCGAAACAUGUAACAAGCUUCAAGGACCUUAAGCAGCAAACGCACUUGGGCGGUACUGAAGACUCUCCUAUCAAAGAAGAACAAGAACGCCGCAAAACAGAAAGUGCAGAGACUCAUACACAACCACCCGGGGAAAGAGGAAGACAUUAUCGAAGGAGAAGUUCCUCCGUACGGAGCGGAACAUAACUGUAGAUUCGCACUUUGACAAGUAUUCAGGCAACCCAAAUAUAGAACUGGAUCGGCCAUUCACAGAAGCAGAAAUCGAGAAGGCCUAGAGCAAGCUCACUCGCAACACGGCGCCGGGGUACGACAGAAUAAACAAGACACUCCGGAACCUCGACGGGCCCUCUGUAGGCACGCUCUUAAAGUACAUCAACGAAUGCUGGGAACAUGGUAAAGUACCGCCGGAAUGGAAACAUGCCGAGGUAACCAUGAUACCUAAACCCAACAAGCCCAACAGCGUGCAGAACCUUCGACCUAUAUCCAUCACCUCGUGUGCUGGAGACCGCUAUAUAUACGAGCACAUGGUGCACAACCGCAUGAUCGAACAUCUCGAAGACAACGGACACGUCCCAAACACCAUGUUCGGAUUUAGAGCUCACCUGUCCACGCAAGACGUGUUACGGCAGGUAAAGGAAAAAGUCCUCGACAAACUGGACACGCACAGCAGAAGAGCUAUCCUGGCACUUGACGUGAAAGGGGCUUUCAACAACGUAUGACACGAAGCCAUACUACAACGCCUCAAUGUAUACAACUGCGGCGAAAAAAUAUAUAAUUGCAUCAAAGCUUUUCUGAAAGAACGGACAGCCCCUGUGGGGGAAAGGCAACUUACGCUCUGAGAAAUUUGACACACCGCGAAAGGGAACGCCACAAGGCUCCAUCAUUCCGAUGAUGCUAUACAAUCUGGCGAUGAGCUCGCUACCCAAGUAACUGAAGCAAAUAGAAGAGAUUGGUCACGCCACAUACGCUGACGACCUCACCAUCUGGACUACGGGAGGGUCGACAGGUAAACAGCAAGGCGCUCUGCAAGAAGCGGUUCACACAACGAAAAAUAGCUGGAAGCAUGUGGACUGAUGUGCGCACCUGAAAAGUCGGAGCUCUUGGUGCUAAAAAAGCGCGCAAGAGGCCGACAACCAGACCCAGUAGUAAAGGCGGGAGGCAUCAUGAUUCCGCAGGUUACGACACACCGUAUCCUCGGACUCCUGAUUCAAAAAGACGGGGCCGGGGGAGCAGAGUUGUAAAAAAAUUCAAAGAACAGUGCAACCAAUAACCCACCUUAUCAAAAGAGUGACAAGCCAAACUCACGGACUCGAUGAAGAAGACUGCACUAGAAUGAUACAAGCGCUGCUCACGAGCAUCGUCACGUAUGGGACCCUAUACGUUGACAUGAAGAACAGUCAACGAGACAAAGUAAACGCCCCGUUUUGGCCGAUUCCGGAUGACAUAGGGCAAGGAAACACCGGGCUCACUGCAAUCAUAUACGGCCCGACGCGGCACGUGAUGCACGUAAGCAUGGAGGUGGCCUCCAAUACGAACGCCCAGUCGUUGUGAUGCCGUCGUCGUCACUGCGUCGUCAUCAGUUAAUCGCUUUCAUUCCAUAGUGAUCGCUCCUUCUUUGUCAUGCCGUCGCCAUCGUUCCGCCUUGUUAAUUGUCGCCAUCACUGUGUUGUCAUAUCGUUCUCAUCACGCCGCCGUCGUCACAUAGUCGUCGUCAUGCCACCAUCAUUAUUCCGACAUCGUCAUUCAAUCAACACAGCUAGCUGGGCGAGUUGGUGAUUGAACGUGUUCCCAGGGGUGGGCAGCGCAACUCGGACGAAGGACAAAAGGAAGUAUGCGCUUGUAUUAUCUACUUCCUUUUGUUCUUCGUCCGGGUUUCGCUGCCCACCCCUAAGACUAUGAUAAUUCAGUCAUCAUCAUUACGUCUUCGUCAUUCCAUCGUCGCCACGCCACCGUCGUCACAUCGCCGUAAUCAUUUAGCUGUCAUUCUGUAGCCGUCGUACCGUCAUCGUCGAGCCAUCGGAAUCAUAUAAUUUUCAUUUCAUAGUCAUCAUGCGCUCCUUGUCAUGUCGUUGUCACCAUUUCAUCGUCGUCAUGCGCUCGGGGUCAUCUUGAUGCCGUCGUGGCCGUUCAAUCCUUGUCAUACAGUCCUCGUCAUUCCAGCGUUGUCAUGCCAUUGUCGAAAUCAUCAUAAUGUCGUCAUAAUUCCAGCAUCACCAUCACAUUAUUGUCAUACCGUCGUCGCCACACCGUCACCAUCAUCUCAUUGUCGUCACACCGUCGUUGUCGUUCCAGCGUUCUCACUCGUUCUUUGUUGUUUAUUUCAUAGUCGUCAUUACGUUGUCGCCAUUGCGCCGUAGUCAUAAAGCGGUCGUCAUGUCAUCGGGAUCGUUUCAUCAUCGUCGUUCAGUCGUAGUUGCUCUGGUGUCCUCAAUCCAUCAUUGUCAUUCUUUCGUCAUCGUGCAUGGGAACCGCAUAUUCGACCGUCAAAAGCUUAUCUUUAGCGACGCGUUGAUGAAAAUGAGUCUUGGCCGUGUGCUCAAUAGUUGCUAAAGAAAUGAAAGAAAACCGUUCUUCGCAAGCGCCAAUGAAAGCUUUGCUUAAGUCAACUCCCGCAGCGCCUGAGAUCUUCAUAUAUCAUUGUCAAAUAAAAUUGCAAAUGUACACUACUCUAUUUUCUUCACAUGAAUUUGUGCACCCUUGAUUGAGGAACCACUACAAUAAAUAAUUUGAGCACUAUGUUUUGUCGCAAAAGAAGGUGCUUUACUGUAUUGCAAAGAUUCCAUUUCCAUACAGCCAUACCACAACGCAAUUGUUUUGCUGUUAUAGGAUAGAUAUAGUGUGUUUUCUUUUGAAACUACAUAUUUUUUUUUUAUAAAACGGCGAUGAGUAUGGUGAACGUGACGUUCUUGCAGAUUAAUCGUAAGGCGAAGUGUACAUCCUUUACCACUAAUAACGUGAGUUUCGGAGCAAUAGUUAAUAGCAAUUAGGUAAUCAAUCUUUUUCAUUAAAACAACUUGGGGGCAGUUGUUCAUCUGAGAAACUGGGAGGAAAUCACAUUCCCCCGCUUUCUUUAUCGUUUUUCUUCUUCUUCUACUUCUUCUUGUUUUACAAUGAAAGUCAGACUAUAUAAUUUGACAUAUUCGUUAUCCAAUUUCAAGGCUCAAUACAGGAAAAAAAAUCGGAACCUAACGCGCCGGAAGCGCAGGAAAGGCGGCCUCGCUAUUGCGUCAGACGGAAACACCCCGUGAGGUAAUGCGUGACCAAGUUUGAAUAAUGGAAUAUGGGUGCGAAUACUGAGGCGCGUGUCCGCGUGCCUGCAUGAGGCAUGUUUCUGCUGCAGCAAAAUCCCGGAGGCGACUCUGUCGACAGAUCUAUCCCGGUCUACGUUACGACGAGGCCGUCACGUGAUCUUCGGGUACGCGCGUGUUGGCAUGCACUGAUAGCUUCACAUAUCACGCUUGUUCUUUCCUUUCCUGUGCGUUUUCUUUCUUAUUUUUGUGCUUGUUCAGCGAGCCGAUUCGUCAUGUGUACGAGUCGUUGCGCUGACGUAUGCGUAAAUCGCGCAAAAGAAAAAAAAUAGGAGCGG